ACCAACAUAGCGGCAACCAUCCAAUGCAACACUCCCCGCAGCUAAUUUCUGGAUACAUCACUGCCGACGACUCCGGUAGAAAGACUGAGAGCCCGGCCCGCAAGCGCCGCAAGUUGGGCACCUCCCUGCAGGACCUGACCAACUCGAGCAGCCCGCCGCCCUACGGCACCCGGGCCAGCGGUCUGAGCAGCAGCACCGAACCCCUGCCCGCGCAGGACCGACGCCGGACGCUACCCGCACGACGCGCCUCUGGCGAGCGGGCCAACACACCUAGGCCGAGACGAAGCACACCUCCACGUGGCGGCCAGCCCCGCCUUCCUCGCGGCGCACCAGCUGCACCCGGCCAUGAUCUCCGCCGCCCAGCACACACCCUCGGUGCUGGAGCAUCUCGAGCAGGUGAGGAGCACGGUGUCCAUGGCGGGUCCGAUGCCGAUGGGUCCCUACGUGCCGCUGUGUGCCACGGCCUCCCCCCACCCGCUGGGCAUGUGUGCACCGGUGCACCAGGUGCACAUGGGCAGCUCGGCGGCUGUGCCUUCCUGGCCCCUGGCUGGCCUGCCCGUGCGUCUCCACUCGUGCACGCUGCCCCACUGCACGCUGCCGCACCCCCUGCCCCAGUACCUGCCGUCCAGCCACCCCCACCACCCCCAUCCCCACCACCACACACCCCAGCCCCCUCAUCCCCCGCCCCCACCCCCCCAAAGCCACCUGCCCCUCCCGCACCAGCUCCACGGACUGCACCCCCACCACCAACACCGCCCCUACCCCACCACACACCAGCAACAGCAGCAGAGGCAAGCACAGAGCUCACAGGAUGAGGACGUGCACCCCGUGCUGACAGACCAGAGAGGAGCUGGCGUCUACCCUCUCCACCCCAGCUACCACCCCCAUCAUCAUCACCACCAUCAUCAUCACUCUGCUGCAGCGGCCGCAGCAGCAGCCUCCACCCACCCCAGCCACAGCGCUCAUCCCCACAGCCUUUCUCACCCCGUGACCUCAUCCCAGCCUGUCUUACUGCAAGAACCAACGGUGCACCCAGCGCCCCCGGACUUCUACGGCUCCAUCUCAAGGUACUACUCAAGACGCUCCAGCACCCGCAGUCGUGUCCGCAUGCAGCAGCAGCACUACAGCCCAGGCUUCCUGCUACAGUUCCUGGCUAUGCUGGGCAGCCCUCCCAUGACGCCCUACAGCAGAGACAUGUACAACCCAGAGGAGGUGGAGAACUACGAGGCUCUGCUUUCUCUAGCGGAGCGACUCGGCGAGGCCAAACAGAAAGGACUGACCAAGAACGACAUUGAGCAGUUGCCAGCGUACCGCUUCAGCAGUGAGGCCGCCCGCUCCGAGUCGGACCAGACUUCGUGUGUGGUGUGUAUGUGCGACUUUGAGGCCAAGCAGCUGCUGCGUGUGUUGCCGUGCUCGCACGAGUUCCAUGCCAAGUGUGUGGACAAGUGGCUCAAGACAAAUCGGACCUGCCCAAUAUGUCGUCAGGACGCUACAGAGUCCAACUGCUGCCCUGACUAAAACUGUGCAGAGGCAGAGAAUUUUUUUUUUUCAGUUUCAGAAAUGUGCACUUAUCUUUGACUUCACUGAAAAGUUUGAUAAUUCAGUACUGUAAAAUCCAGAUUCUUUGAGUUUGACAUUUAUUUACUUUAUAAGGAGAAAGCCAAAAAAUGAAAAUAAAUCUAAUAGAAGACGCUGUAAUGUGAUCUACUUACUUACCCAUGAAAUGACAGGUCAGUGACUACACGAUGAAGCUGUUAGUAAAUAGUUUGUGAUCGUUUCUCAAUUACACUGCCAAAUACCUGGAGACGAACGCAAUGUGGAGAGGCUUUGCCAAGCCAGACUGAUACACCACUCAUGUCUUGGCUGCUGGAGCCUACAGGAUGGAGGCACAUGGAAGCUGCUGCAGUAAUUGAAUGGAACCGUUUCUGUUGGAAGUUGAUUUCACCCUUUUUUUUCCAUGACGAUGUGCUUUCUGGGCGUUGGUGUCAGUAUAUGGCCACGGGAGGAAAAGGUUGUCAGCAAGUUAAAUGGCUGCGAAAAGUGUAUUUGCUAGAAUAAUGGAGACAUUUAGAGGCAUUCUUUGAUUUGGUAUGUGCUGGUGUGUCAGCGGGAUCAGGCCAGCAGAGGGAGGAACUCAUGCGUGCUGUGGAAGGAAAGUCUACACAUUUGUGCUGUGCUAGGAAAGUCUACACAUGUAUGCUGUGGUAGGAAAGUCUACACACCUAGAUGGUGGUGUGCUAGGAAAGUCUACACACCUAGAUGGUGGUGUGCUAGGAAAGUCUACACACCUAGAUGGUGGUGUGCUAGGAAAGUCUACACACCUAGAUGGUGGUGUGCUAGGAAAGUCUACACACCUAGAUGGUGGUGUGCUAGGAAAGGCUACACACCUAGAUGGUGGUGUGCUAGGAAAGGCUACACAUCUAGAUGGUGGUGUGCUAGGAAAGUCUACACACCUAGAUGGUGGUGUGGGUGGAAAGUCUACACACCUAGAUGGUGGUGUGGGUGGAUGAGGAUAUUCCCUACGCCUCGAGGUAUUGAGCUUGAACUGUGUGUGGGGGCGAGUGGGGCAGUGCUUCCCUGACAAAACUUCCCUGCCUCUGGUUCGUCCACACGCAGGUACACAAGGUGACUGUUUUUCUCUACCCGCUGCUUUGCGUGAGAUGCGACGUCGAUCUUCCAAUGCCAGAGACAAGCGGAUGGUUGCCAGGAGCUCUGUGUGUUUCUGUGUUGUGGGGGUGACGAUGUAGAUAAAGGCUACACAACACCAGAGAUUGUAGUAAGUUUGUGACGCGGGAAAGUCUUGUGUCCGGGUAACCUGUAAGCUUGUGAGAGUUCCAAGUGGUGGCCUGGCCUCUCCACUGACGCGAGGACAAAGCUACCGAGGUCCUCCCCAUCAACGCAAGAUUUAUGUUGUUCUCUUUUAGUACUUUAUUGCAAGGAGAGAGUGAUGUAUUGGUUGAUGAUUCUUAAUACUUUAAAAGGGCUGUAACAUGUUGUGUAAAUGACGGAUUUGAUUUUGCCAGACAGUUUCUUUGUAAGUUUUAGUUGAAAUAAGUUUUUAGUGGUGGAUAGUUUGUGUUGUUAGUGCUGUGAACUUGGAAUUUUGAAUCUUUGUGUCGCUAACUGUAAAGGAAAUUUAAACAAUGGCAAAGUAUUGUGCGUAGUUACCUUUGGAGAAAGGCUACACGUCAGGUGAUAUGACUGGAUGUGCAAAGUUACUGACAAUUUGUCAAUAUCCUUAUUAAAAUUUUUCUGUUAUAACAUUUGAACCUUUGCUCCAUGGCUUGUUCCACUUAGGGCUAGGAGGUGGUGGCAAAGGGUUAUACAUCAAAUUAACUUGUUCAUUUCAUGUGUAUGGAAAGAAAACAGUUUCUUACUGUUAGUCUUUUAUAGAUUAUUCACUGUCCAUUCCUUGUUUAUGCAGUAUCGCUACUAUGUAUACUCAAAAUGUAAUCAGAAAGGAUUUUUGUCUCAGAUUUAAUGGAAAAUCUAUCUGAAAAGUUAUGUGUUUGUGUGAAUUCAAGGUAAAUCAAGCAUGUUUUUCUCUAUAAAAGGCUGACCUUUUUUUUUUUUUACUUUAACAAUAAUCUAAAAUAAUUUGGUCUUUAAGAAAAUGUACAAGUCUUACAGGAAUGAGAAAACAUUUGUAAUGUAGCCAGGCUGAAAGGUUUACGUGUAUGCUGAAGUUCUCUCUUUGUCAGUGAGGUUCCAGCCUUGUUAGUUUUAUUUACUAAGUUCUAGAGAUAGGUUUUUGUUGUAUGGUUUUGAAGUUCUUGAUAAAAAAAAAUCAGUGUCAGUGAUUAUAUAAUUACAUUAUCAUAGUGUCAGUGAUUAUUUCACUUCGGAAGUGUCAAUGAUUGUUAAAUUUAUUACUUACUUGAAGGAUUCUGUAUAGAAGAUGAGGGUACCCAUGCUGUGUACUCCAGUGUCUUGCUGCAGUGAGGAGGUUAAGAUUGGUCUUACUUUGGAUAGAAACAUCUGUACACAUCAAAACGAGAUCCUAUAUUUUGAGCUGUUUUAUGUGACAUCUUUUUGUACAACCAUCAGGGUCAUUGAUUGGUUGCUAUGGGUUACUAGGGGGUUGUUUGUGGAGUUGCACUGUUUGACUUGUAGGAAAGUGUGUUAGUUGAUGAAUGAUAUUGAAUGUGUGCAUCUCUCUGUGUUUGUUUCUCCAGCUUUUGUGUGUUUUGUAUUUUUAAAACAAUAGUCCUUGCUUACUGCCCAAAAUAAUCAAGCGUUUUACCUCUGUUCAGCUUGGCAAUAACAUUAUGCAGAGUAAAUGCAUAUAUACAGAGAUAUGCAGUUUGUUUACCUUGUCUGUUAUUUGUUAUCUCUGUGCUCUCCUCUAGCUACAGAAGAGGAUUUGAGCAGCAUUCCGUACCAGACUGGUGUCCUCAAGGUUUUGACCGUGUUUGUUUCAUUCUGACAAGGACCGUACACAUAUAUACAUGUCAUAAUAUGCAUGCUUUAUACAUUGUCUGUUAUCGUUAGCUGGUUUUGUUCCGCUGUGGUCGAACCCCCAAGUGGUUUUUCCCUCAUAUUGCUCAAUAACUGCCAUUGUAUAUACUCUGUGGAUUUUGACUAGGGUGUCAGGAGCUUGCUGAGGUGUGACCGUCUGACCACUGGGCCUCACUGCCCUGCAGGACAGAAGUGUUUGCUUCAUUGACAUCCAGCUCAGUAGCCUCUUUGCAAACCAGAGAAACUCAGAUUGACUCUUCAUUUUUCCAGUUUCAGCUUUGCAACUCAUAUUUUUGCUUUUAGCCUUAUAUUUCACUAGUUUAUGUUGGUAAAUGGCUUUUUUGGAGUAUUUUUGCAUGUUUUCUUCUCUCGCAAAUUACAUGAACAGACUGAGAUAGUAGUAAUAAAUUUAAAGUUAUCUUAAAAGAAUCCACUAACAGUUAUCUGGUUCAAUAACACUUUCUUUUAGGAUAGUGUGUCAUAAGAGAUACUUCUACCCAUAGAAGAGCUAAAUCAUGCAUUCAAAAAGUUUUGUUUUUGUUAUCAGCUUAAAGAGCUGACGUGUCCAUUUUGUGUAUCCUUAACCGUAAGAGGUGGGGGGGGUAGCUUUGAGGGAGAAAACAAAACAUCCCAGUGCCUCUUAAGUGUCCAUAUAUUUUUUCUAAAGUGGUCAUCCUGAUUUUGAACAUCCUUUUGUCUCCUGAGUGUGUUUUUAGUAUAGCGUUAGAAAAACCCACAGAACUUGUAUUCCUGAUUGAAAAGGAGCUGGAAUGACUCUCCUUUUGCAUGUGAUUGUCGAUGGCUUAACGGUGUUGUAAAAAUAGGAUGAUAUGGUUUUUGUCGGGGAGCGGUUUUGUGUACUUUUUUUUUUUCAGUCUUGUGAUACGCUUAUACCUUACACAGUGGCAUUGAUAUUGUACAGUAAAUCAAGUAGAUAUCUAUCUAUAGAGAGUGACUACAUCACAAUGAAAAGGAAAAAGUGAUAUCUCAAACGAUCUGUGUUGAUUGAAGAACAGUAGAGCGCUCGUGAUAUAAAGAGAAAGACAAAGAAGUCCUGUGUUACUGCCUAGCAGACAUGGAAAAUUAUGGAGUGGUAUGCUGUGUAUGUGAAGCUCCAUAAGGAUAUGUUCUUGAUACAUUAUUUUCUUUUGCAUCUGUGGUGUCUUAUCACAUAUAUGGUAAUGGCAAAAAUGAAGGCUCUAUAAUCAAGACCACAUAUGCCCACAAAACUAUAUGUCCGAGAUAUAGGCUAUUCCCUGAAGUUUGAGGAAAUUUCUAAUGUCCAUGCAUAUUUUAGUAAAGCUAAGAGUGCAUUGAAAUGGAAUUCUUAGAGUGUCACCAAAAAAAAUUAAAACUGGACCGCAAUCCGUAAGACAGCGGAUUAUAAGAAAUUUUAAGUGAAUAAGUGUCUGAACUCGAAAGAUAUUAUUUGCUUUCUACAGAAAGAUGAAAAUUGAUUGUAUGCCUAGGACAGGUAAAAGUUUUUGUUCCACAUUGUGCAAACAAUCUUUUAAAUUGUCAUUUCCUAUCUGCACUUUGUGUUGUUUGUGAAGGAUCCUUUCUCUCAUUCUCAACACUAGAAAAAGAAUGUUAUACUUUUUUUUUCCUCUCCCAGUCAUUGUGACAUGGCUUUGCAAUUAUGAUUUUUUUAACAAAUGGUUAUUUCUGUGCACUUCCGCUGUCUCUUGUAAAGCGUUUCAGUUUGGUAAGUGCAAAACUAUGUUGUUUUGUUGUUUUUGAUGAAAUUGACAUUCACAUAAUAAAUAUUUGCGAAUAUUUUACAAUGCUUCAGUCAUUACUGCAGUACAGAAAUAUUCUUUAGAUUUUAACUUUAUAACUGUUGCAUUGUUUGCUUUGUUAAUUUCUGCCUAUUAUUUGUUGUUGUUUGUUAGUUACAAUUUGCAUCAAUUUGUACAGUUUGUAUGCCCAUAUUUUAAAAGUGUGUAGUCUUUAAUUUUGUUCUCUCAACGAGAACAGCAAAAAAAAAAAAAUGUUGCUAUGAAGAUUUUACUUCUUCAAACUGUUUCAUGUUUAUAUUGCCUCUAUAUUAACAUUUAAUGUCUUGGUCGGAUAUCAUGGUGCAGCUCAGGACAAUUUCAGUUUUUCUUUUUCUUUUUUUUCUGUUUUGCUUCUUUUUUUUUAAUUAAAAAAAAAUUCUGUAAGGUUAAAUAUUGUAAGUUGUGUUUGAUGGGUUAAAAAGUUGACUGUGGAGUGAAGGACAAUAGCAGUGUUAUUCUCUAAACCACUCCAGCAGUCCGUGUGGAGCUUUUGUCUUCCAAAAGACAGCUCUAGGUGGACCUCAGUAGAAGGUAAUGUGUUGGUUGUUUUUUUCCUUUCUUUGUCACUAACUGAAUCCAUUCAGCUUUAUAGAAUCAUACAUUCCCCAUGUUGGACAGACUUUGCUGUUGGCCCUUCAUGAGAAAUCAGUCCAAGUCAUAUGUGCAGGUUGAAGGGAAAUUGUGGAGUGCAGACUUCUGGUUGUCACUCACGUUUCCGAGAGAGAGCAGAGUUAGCCCGGCGGCCCGACGCAAACGCACUUGUUCAUACUGGAAUUGUUCUGUGUUGCACAUUUUUGCAUGAGUAACAAUCUACCUCAUUUGCGAAGAGAAGGGCUUCAGAUUGAAAAAUGAUCUAGUGUCAUGCUAUACUUUACAUACCAUUUCCUUUCCUUCACUCAUGUUUUUCUUCCUACUAUCCUGCCUUGCGUAGAUACAAAGUGUAGCCUUGUUCCUUUAACUUAGAUUGCUUAGAUUGGCUUACUAACUCUUGUUUGUUCCAUAAUAUUGCUCAAGAUUUUUUUUCAAAACUGCUAUCUAAGAAGAUUAAUAAGAGAUCAAGAGUAAUGAACAUUGACCACCAGUUCAUUCUGAGCUCAGCAUUUGCUGGAGAUGGCACAAUCUUACCUGUCCCAUGCUAACUAUGCCUUGUAUAAUAAUAAAUGAUUGUUAUGUCAUCCCUGACCUUUGCACAAAGUUGGUCUUUUUGAAGGUUGUGUAUACUUUAUGAAAUCUUACUAUUUUAUACUAGUGUAGGCUUCUCAAAUUAUCAACAACAAAAAUUAUGUUCAGUCAUAGAGCUUGAAUCAGUUUAUUUGUGUACAAUUUUUUAGCACUGUACUUCUCAUGUAGUAAGAUUUCUGUCCUGUUUUCUUUAUCAGCUGUAUUAUGUCACCUGUCACAUUUGUAUUCGGUCCAGCCCAGUGCUCAGUUCAAGCAAGUUCAGGUUCAGGAACUGAUUUUGAUUUGCAAAGUCAACUGUAUUAUUUGAAGGUAUAGAAAACAUUAAAGGCCUGCUGUUGCAGGUGUCAGAUGUGUCCUUUGUGGGCUGAAAGACAACAAUUUACCCGUGUAACUACCCGAAUAUAUUAUUGAGUCUGUUAGUUCCUCAUACGAGUGUGAUUAAUGACCCGUAUGAUGAGUGAUCUGAGGUCCACCCCCUGGUGUUGACCCAGUGGACGCUACAAAAGCUCUUGGAACGGAGUAUUCUGUGCCUUUUGUCAACUCAGCUAAUAAUCCACAGAAAGGAGUAUCUCAAAGUGUUUGAACGACUGACUUAGACUCUGAAGCACAUCCCAUUGAUGGGAUUAGAACUGGGUUCCUCACAGUGCAGGUCCCAACUGUUUGCUGGGUCACAAAAUCCUGCUGACCUGGCCACAGGCUUACAAAAUGGAGUGCGGUUAAAGUAUGUGAGCCAAAACAUUUGUUGAAGGGCCACAUGGCUAUUAUUUUUUUUUCUUUGAUCUAAAAUGAAACUGGAUGUUGAUGUUCCUGGAUUUCAAUGGUUAACUCACAUCACAUCAAAGUGCUGAUUUGUUUUAGAGGUGACAAAUCCAGUGUUGAGUACACCAAACAAAUUGUGACAUUUUUUAUAAAUGUAUGUCGACAUAAGAAAUGUACCACUUAUGUUCAGAAUUGCACUGAUUUUUUUUGUGUUAUAUUUAUUUCUUUUGUUGAUACUUUUUUCUUUAUCAGCUGUAAUUAUAUAGGAGUUCCCCCACUUUUGUUAACCUGUUUUAUCUGGAUAGAGCCUUUUUGACUGUUUCUGAACUUGGCUGUUUCCACUUUACUACUACUCUCCCCUUCCUCCUCCCUCUUUCCCCUAUAAUAAAAACCUCAUGCAAAUAAUACAAAUUCACAUCUAUUGGUAUCUACAAAUUAUAUGGUAAAUAAAAUAUUAAAGAAAAAA